AUGUCCGACGGUAAUUGUCAAAAUGAUUUAGAGGCGCCGUGUGCCAAAAAAGUAAAAAUUGACGAUAAAAAUGGACACGGUUUAAGUGAGAAUCAAAUAGAACUUAAAGACUUUACUCCAACUAAAAUAUUGAACAACAAUUCAAGUAAGAAAAUAGUCAGUGUCCUUGGCAAUUUCAAAGACAAAAGUGGUGUGGCUAUCGUGAUUUUGGAAAAAAAUGCUUUCAAAGAGGACGAUUUGAGCAGCAGGGGCUACUUCUCGGAAGAGACAAAGCUUCGUACUUUCUUUCAGAACGAUAUUUACGGCAAUUUCGAGUGUUUCCCAAUUUCUUCAGUGAAUGCUGUAAAAACAACAAUUAUAUAUCCUGCUACAGAGAAGCAUAUAUCUAAGUACAGUAAACAAGAAGUACAUUUAGUUCUUGAGACUCCCGAGUGUUAUGAGACAUUGACGCUACCACAUCUGCAAAAAGAACAAUUUAAUUUACAGUGGGUUUACAACAUACUUGAAGGCAAAAGUGAACAAGAUAGAAUUGUAUACAAUAAUACAUGCGACACUGAGGGUUUUGUACUAGUACCUGAUCUGAAGUGGGACGGACUAACUAAGGAGACUUUGUAUUUGCUAGCUAUAGUGAGACAGAGGGGUAUUAAAUCUAUAAGAGAUUUAAACGAGGAGCAUUUGCCCUUGCUGAAGAGGAUUCGUGGAGAGGGGACGAAAGCUAUUUUGGACAAAUACAAGGUUCCAAGUACUCAACUGAGAAUCUAUCUACAUUAUCAACCGUCAUUCUAUCAUUUACACAUUCAUUUCACUUUCCUCCAACACGAAGCCCCCGGUAUCUAUGCAGAAAAAUCUCAUUUACUUGAUACAGUUAUCAAUAAUAUUGAAAUUAUGAAUAGUUAUUAUAAGAAAGUAACGCUUCCAUUCACCAUUCGCGAAAUGGACACAUUGUUUAACAUCUAUGAAACAAAUGGCUAUGUAAAGAAAAUCAAGGCAGAUUUAAUUGGCAAGUAA